AUGGAUGGGUUUGAUCAUUCGGAUGUGCCCGCCGAGUACGAGGCUCUCAGAUGGCUCGACAGCCUGUUUAUCGCAGGCAUGGGCCUCGGUUGGCUUAUCUACUAUGUGAACGUGGCCUACACAUCCUUCAGAGAAAAGACCUAUGGCAUGACGAUCGCCGGAAUCACAGUUAAUUUUGCAUGGGAGAUCGUAUACUGUCUAGUGUACCCUGCCAAGGGAGUGGUCGAGCGCGUGGCCUUCUUCCUCGGUCUGCUCCUCGAUUUGACGGUCAUCUAUGCGGCCAUCAGGAACGGCCCCAAUGAAUGGCGCCAAUCUCCACUGGUGAAGGAUAACAUGGCUCUGACCUUUGCAGGCAUGACCCUCUUCUGGCUCAGUGGACAUCUAGCCCUGGCGGCCCAGCUGGGCCCUGGUCUGGCCUACUCGUGGGGAGCGGUCGUCUGUCAGAUGUUCAUCAGUGUUGGCGAUGUGUUUCUGCUGCUGACUCGCGCCAGCACGCGUGGCGCCUCGUACACAAAAUGGCUUUCGCGCUUUCUAGGAUCUAUCUCGACGAUCGGUUUUGCGUACAUUCGCUAUGCUUAUUGGCCGGCUUCCUUUGCCUGGUUGAAUUGUCCGCUUAUGCUGUGGGCUGUAGCCAUGUUUUUUCUCUCCGAGUUACUCUAUGGCUUUUGCUUUUUUCUCAUCAAACGGCAGGAGGAGGGAUCUCGGUUGGAAGCUGAAUAUAAGCGCAGGUAG